GGUCGCUCCCCCAGCAUCCUCCGUGCUGGAUACUCAGCCAUCUUGGAUCCUCGGGACAAGAAAAUUCAUGCGGAAGUGUUCUUCAGUCAAAGUUUGCUUACCUCAGCAGAGACAAAAAUUUAAUGGGCAAAAGUACAGUGUUUAGGUGACAAACAGCAUGUUUGGUGCUUCAAGAAAGAAGUUUGUAGAGGGGGUCGACAGUGACUACCACGAUGAAAACAUGUACUACAGCCAGUCUUCAAUGUUCCCACAUCGGUCGGAAAAAGAUUUUGCAGAGAGGGAGGAAGUAAAAUGCAUCUCUGAGUCACAUUUUAAGAAAUUACAGAUGCUGGCAUCACCAUCAACAUCAGGUCAGCUGUCUCAGUUUGGGGCAAGUUUAUACGGGCAACAAAGUGCACUAGGCCUUCCAAUGAGGGGAAUGAGCAACAAUACCCCUCAGUUAAAUCGCAGCUUAUCACAAGGCACUCAGUUACCGAGCCACGUAACGCCAACAACAGGGGUACCAACAAUGUCACUUCAUACGCCUCCAUCUCCAAGCAGGGGUAUAUUGCCUAUGAAUCCUAGGAAUAUGAUGAACCACUCCCAGGUUGGUCAGGGCAUUGGAAUUCCCAGCAGGACAAACAGCAUGAGCAGUUCAGGGUUAGGCAGCCCCAACAGAAGCUCGCCUAGCAUAAUAUGUAUGCCAAAGCAGCAACCCUCUCGACAACCUUUUACUGUGAAUAGUAUGUCUGGAUUUGGAAUGAACAGGAAUCAGGCAUUUGGAAUGAAUAACUCCUUAUCAAGUAACAUUUUUAAUGGAACAGAUGGAAGUGAAAAUGUGACAGGACUGGACCUUUCAGAUUUUCCAGCACUAGCAGACAGAAAUAGAAGGGAAGGAAGUGGCAACCCAACUCCAUUAAUAAACCCAUUAGCUGGAAGGGCUCCCUAUGUUGGAAUGGUAACAAAACCAGCAAGUGAGCAAUCCCAGGACUUCUCAAUACACAAUGAAGAUUUUCCAGCAUUACCAGGUUCCAGUUACAAAGAUCCAACAUCAAGUAAUGAUGACAGUAAAUCUAAUUUGAGUACAUCAAGCAAAACAUCUUCUAGUGCAGACGGACCCAAAUUCCCUGGAGAUAAAAGUUCAACAACGCAAAACAACAACCAGCAGAAAAAAGGGAUCCAGGUGCUACCUGAUGGUCGGGUUACCAACAUUCCUCAAGGGAUGGUGACGGACCAGUUUGGAAUGAUUGGCUUGUUAACAUUCAUCAGGGCAGCAGAGACGGACCCGGGAAUGGUACAUCUUGCAUUAGGAAGUGACUUAACAACACUAGGUCUCAAUCUUAACUCUCCUGAAAAUCUCUACCCCAAAUUUGCAUCACCUUGGGCUUCUUCACCUUGUCGACCUCAAGACAUAGAUUUCCAUGUUCCAUCUGAAUACUUAACGAACAUUCACAUUAGGGAUAAGCUGGCUGCAAUAAAACUUGGCCGAUAUGGAGAAGAUCUCCUGUUUUAUCUCUAUUACAUGAAUGGAGGAGAUGUAUUACAGCUAUUAGCAGCAGUAGAGCUAUUUAACCGUGAUUGGAGAUACCACAAAGAAGAACGAGUAUGGAUCACCAGGGCACCAGGCAUGGAGCCAACAAUGAAAACCAAUACAUAUGAGAGGGGAACAUAUUACUUCUUUGACUGUCUUAACUGGAGGAAAGUAGCUAAGGAGUUCCAUCUGGAAUAUGACAAAUUAGAAGAAAGGCCUCAUCUGCCAUCAACCUUCAACUACAACCCUGCUCAGCAAGCCUUCUAAAGACUUCCCUUUUCUUGGGGUAUGGCUGUCUCAGCACAAUACUCAACAUAACUGCAGAACUGAUGUGGCUCAGGCAUCCUGGUUUUAAUUCCUUGAGGAUCUGGCAAUUGGCUCAUGCAAAGGGUCACCAUUUGAGGUCCUGCCUUACUAAUUAUGUGCUGCCCAACAACUAAAUUUGUAAUUUGUUUUUCUUUAGUUUGAGCAGGGUCUGAAUUUGUUUUUGUUUAUUUUAUUUUAUUUUUUGCCAGCAGACAAGCUUGGGUCUAAAGACAAGCGAAUACACUGUCAAAAGUUUACCACUUAGUUUCCAAAAUGUAAAAAAAAAAAAAAAAAAAAGGCAAAAAGACAAAAUUAGACAAUUUGCAUUGUUCAUUGUAGCACUAUUGGUAAUAAAAAAUGUUUGUGCAUUUUUAUGUGAAGAUCCUUCUCGUAUUUCAUUUGGAAAGAUGAGCAAGGUCUGCUUCCUUCAUUUUACUUCCCGUUAUGUUUUUGAAAGGCAGUUUUCGCCAAGCUUAAUGCAAGAAUAUCUGACUGUUUAGAAGAAAGAUAUUGCCACAACCUCUGGUUAGUUUCCAGGGUUGUGUAUUACUGAGCUUCAUCUUUCCAGAAUGAGCAAAACACUGUCCAGUCUUUGUUACAAUUUUGUAAUAAAUGUGUACAUUUUUUUUAAAUUUUUGGACAUCACAUGAAUAAAGGUAUGUAUGUACGAAUGUGUAUAUAUUAUAUAUAUGACAUCUAUUUUGGAAAAUGUUUGCCCUGCUGUACCUCAUUUUUAGGAGGUGUGCAUGGAUGCAAUAUAUGAAAACGGGACAUUCUGGAACUGCUGGUCAGGGGACUGCUUUGUCGCCCUGUGCACUAAAGGGCCAGAUUUUCAGCAGCCAAGGACAUCCAUACCCAAGUGAAUGUGAUGGGACUUAACGAAGUGAACUGAGACAAUUCACUCUGGCUGUUUGAACAGCAGCGUUUCAUAGGAAGAGAAAAAAAAAUCAAUCUUGUAUUUUCUGACCACAUAAAGGCUUCUUCUCUUUGUAAUAAAGUAGAAAAGCUCUCCUCA